AAGUGGAGCAAAAAAAUGGAUUUCCUCCUCUCCGUCAUCGGAUUCGCCGUCGAUCUGGGCAACGUCUGGCGGUUCCCUUACAUCUGCUACCAAAACGGAGGGGGAGCCUUUCUCAUCCCGUACACACUGAUGGCUGUUUUCGGAGGGGUGCCCCUCUUCUACAUGGAGCUGGCCCUGGGGCAGUUCCACAGGACAGGUGCCAUCCCCAUCUGGAAGCGCAUCUGCCCCAUCUUUAAAGGCAUCGGCUUUGCUAUUUGCAUCAUUGGCCUGUACGUCUCCUUCUACUACAACACCAUCAUUGCCUGGGCUCUCUACUACUUCUACUCGUCCUUCUCGGGCACCCUGCCCUGGGCGAGCUGCGACAACCCCUGGAACACACCGGCCUGCACCAACUACUUUGGGAGAAGCAACGUGACCUGGACCAACUUCUCCAGGUCCCCCGCUGAAGAGUUUUAUACGAGGAAGGUCCUGGAGAUCCAGAAGUCUGGGGGUCUGUAUGACAUGGGGGGUGUCCACUGGCAGCUGCUCCUCUGCCUGUUCCUCAUCUUUACCAUUGUCUACUUCAGCCUGUGGAAAGGGGUGAAAACCUCCGGGAAGGUGGUGUGGGUGACGGCCACGCUGCCCUAUGUCGUCCUCCUUGUCCUGCUGGUCCGGGGGGCCACCCUGCCCGGCGCCUGGAGGGGGGUCAUCUUCUACCUGCGCCCGGACUGGGGCAAGCUCCUGAGCACCGCGGUUUGGGUUGAUGCUGCUGCACAGAUUUUCUUCUCCUUGGGCCCUGGAUUCGGUGUCCUCCUUGCUUUGGCCAGUUACAACCAUUUCCACAACAACUGCUACCGGGAUGCGCUCAUCACCAGCACCGUGAACUGCCUCACCAGCUUCCUCUCGGGCUUUGUCAUCUUCACCGUGCUGGGCUACAUGGCCGAGAUGAGGGACGUAGAGGUGGAGGAUGUCGCGAGAGACAAAGGGCCGAGCCUCCUUUUUAUCACCUACCCCGAAGCAAUUGCCAACAUGGUGGGAUCCACCUUCUUCGCCAUCAUAUUCUUCCUGAUGAUGAUAACGCUGGGGCUGGACAGCACGUUUGGGGGCUUGGAGGCUGUGAUCACGGCCGUGAUGGAUGAGUACCCUCAGGUCCUGGCCGGGCGACGGGAGCUCUUCGUCCUCGGCCUCAUCACAGUCUGUUUCCUGGGCUCCCUGAGCACCCUCACCUACGGGGGAGCCUAUGUGGUGAAGCUGCUGGAGGAGUUCGGUGCUGGCUGCUCAAUCCUGGCGGUGGUGCUACUGGAAACGAUAGCUGUCUCCUGGUUUUAUGGGAUACAGAGGUUCUCCCAUGAUGUGAAAGCCAUGCUGGGCUUCACCCCGGGGAUGUUCUGGAAGGUGUGCUGGGUCGCCGUCAGCCCUGCCUUGUUGGCGUUCAUAGUUAUCAGCUCCCUCCUGGACCAGCCGCCUCUGACGCUCUUCGACUACCAGUACCCCGAGUGGAGCAUCUCAGUGGGGUACCUCAUAGAAGCAUCGUCCUUCAUCUGCAUCCCCUUCUACAUGGUGUACAAGCUCGUCUGGACACCAGGGUCUCUCAAGCAGCGCCUCGCCGUCUGCAUUUGGCCGGAGAAAACAACACGAGACCCCCGAGCAGACACAGUGUGCAUGUCACCUGUCCUGUAGCCCUCCCCCCCAGAGGCUGCACGUGCUGGCGGCAGCUCCCCGGCCGCCAGCUCCCGUCGCGUCCUGGCAUCUCAGCGGAAGCGGCACCACCAGCACGUGCUGGCAAACCGGACGCCGUUCUCGCUGCAGGCAGGAAAAACCUCUGAUCCACAGCAGGGAGAACGGGACCCGCCGCUGAGUCCCGUGGGCUGGAAGCAAAGGGGCCAAACUCCUCUGGUUUGGAGGUGAACCCCGACUCCCUGCGAAGACGGAGGUGCAGCUGCGAGUGCCGCUGCGGAGAGAUGGCAGUACGACUGUACAAGCCGUGAACACGCCUCGCUUAGAGAUGCUCGUGACCUUGCUGUGCAAACCUGCUCGGCGUGAGCAGUGCAUGCCUUUAGCUGUGCCGUGAGUGACGUGGAAAAUAAAGCUG